AUGCAAAUCGCCAUGAUCCUAAUCGCCAGCGUAAGUGUUCGCAAGGGAAAGGCCUGUAAACUCACCUUUACCGCUUCCGACGACAUGUGGAACAAUAUAGGUCAACGCUUCCAGCAGCAGGCUCACCACGAAAUCGCUUGUGGAUUGUCCGCCCGAAUCCACCUCAUCAAGACCCGC